CCCUCCCCCCUCCGCCGCGGCCGCCGGGAGCGGCAGUUCCCCAAAAAACAGAAGAAAUAGCCUCUCCCCGACCCACCAUGGCCGACGAAAUCGAUUUCACCACUGGAGAUGCUGGGGCUUCCAGCACUUACCCCAUGCAGUGCUCAGCUCUGCGCAAGAACGGCUUCGUGGUGCUCAAGGGGCGUCCGUGCAAGAUAGUGGAGAUGUCCACCUCCAAGACUGGCAAACAUGGUCACGCCAAGGUUCACCUCGUUGGAAUUGAUAUUUUCACUGGAAAGAAGUAUGAAGAUAUUUGCCCUUCUACGCACAACAUGGAUGUUCCAAAUAUCAAGAGAAAUGAUUAUCAAUUGAUUUGUAUUCAAGACGGUUACCUCUCCCUGCUGACGGAGACCGGUGAAGUUCGUGAGGAUCUGAAGGUGCCGGAAGGCGAACUGGGCAAGGAGAUAGAGGGGAAAUACAAUGCAGGUGAAGAUGUGCAGGUCUCUGUCAUGUGUGCAAUGAGUGAAGAAUAUGCUGUAGCCAUAAAGCCCUGCAAAUAAACAGAAUCAUCAGGCUUGAGCCAACGGUUCAAGUCUGGACAGACCACAGAUCUUAAAUUUGGUUCUGACCAUCACCAAAGCUAUGGCCUUCACGAGUAACCUCAUUUCUUUUUGAAUUGUUUCAAAAGAGUGCUGGAUUCUGGAUUUGUCUUGCAGGCAACUGGCAGUUUUUAAAAUCACUGAGGUUUAUCAUCCUGUACGAAUUAAGUAGAUCCCUUACCCACAUAUUCUCUCCCAGCGCUUAGUACAGGGCUCUGCACCCUAGUAAGCACUUAGUGAAUACUAUGACUGCUAUUAUGUCUUCAGCAUUCCUCCAGCUGCUAAAUGAGCGGUCCAGAAACCUGACCCAAUGGACAUUUUCUUUAAAUUAUCUUUUAUUUUUCUGAGGAAAAUGUACAGAAGAAUUAAGUCCUAGGUUUUGGUUGAAAAGGAGGUCUGUAAAUUAAGACCCCCAACUUAAAAUAAUUCUAGGUACGGCUCCUAGAAUAGAAGGUUCUGUGGGAUCGGACCCCUCAUUCACUCGGUACCGUGGGGGUCCAAGCACAAUUUUUAGAAACCGAGAAACUUCAAGUGAUCCAAAAUGCCAGUUGCUUUGCCAAAAGUCCCGGUGGCCGUGGGCAACUAACUCAGUAUAUUACCUCUGUUCUACUCUUGUUUGCCAACUCAUUGGCGUAUUUAAUAUAAUGCUAUACAAUGGUGUCAAAACCCUGCCUGUGGUUGAAAGGGACAUUCACGUGUCUCAGCCGUUGGGUGGCUGUUACAAAGGUAGGUUGUAAAAUGGCAGCACCAGAGGGAGGUGGGGGGGGGUGGUGAGGGAGAGGGACAAAGUCCGAGUUACAGUUUUUUUCACUCGAGGCCUUUGUCAGCAGACUAAAAAGCAGAAAUACACCAUUUAUCUGGGGUGAUCUCUUUGCUGUCUUUCUCUUGAAACAUUACUCAAAAGGAGUGGCCGGCUCCCCAAGAUCUCGUUUGCAGCGCUUCCAGUAUGCCGACUCUCAGCGUUUGGGUUCUAACUAUGGUGAUCCAAUUUUCGACCAUUUCAAGAACGAAGAAUGUUGGCACUGAAACUUUGGUCAAACCGAAAAGGCACCCGCUUGAUUUAACCUUCGUGUUGAAAAUGCGUUCGGUUUUCUGCAGUUGAAAUUCUGUAUGCGGACACGCCUGAGUCAUGGAUCAAAUUUAGGUUUAUGUAGUACUAAUUCAGCUUGGUUUUUAUGCCUGUGGUAUUUAAGUUGGGGUUUACUAAUUUCUACCGUUUUAUACAGCGAUUGGUUUCUCUGACUUAAAAGUAUAUUAAAAUACGACAAUUCAGUGACAGAUUUGACAGACCUUGGAGGGAAUUCUCUGAGCCUGUGAAAUCUCUGUUAAGCGAGAGAUUACCUUGUGCCAUAAUGCCCUUCAUUCUGCAUGUUUUUCCUCAGUAGGUUAUACCUUACUGCUGAGAAUUUCAAGCAGUUAGUAGAAUUAUUACAGAAAUGUAGCACACCUCUUAUUGAAAGCGGUGUUUUCAGAACACUCCUCAGCAACCCCCUCCCCAAAGAGUCCAGUGAAUCUCUGUCCCCGGACAAUCUGAUAAAGUAGACUGAACAAGUCACGACAGCACGAUGGGGUAAAAGAUGCAGUUAGUUUCUAAAUGAUUUGACGAGCGGUUUCCAGAAUUGGUAGUCGCUAAGCUUUGCAUGCUUUAAAGUAUCCUUAGGUGAAACUGUUAAAUUGCAUUGUAGUUGAGGGAAGAGAUGUUUGAAAAAGUCUAGCAAGAGAAAUGGUUAAGCACAAGGCAUCUCAAGUUCUUCAAUUAAAACAAUUUGUGGAUAUACAAUCUCAUUCCCCCCCCCAAGCACAAUUAAGCACCGAUGCUUAAUUCUUGGCUUCAUUCCAUCUAAAUAUCCACUGCACACUUCUGUCCAUUUCCCAGCACUUUGUCAAUGCAUUUACUUGGUGUCCAUUCGCAUGAUUACUGGAAAUCUGGAAAGUAAUGAAGAUGAUUAAGCAAUGUUAUUGAUUUAAAUAGCAAGGCGGCAAUUAAGUCUUGUUUCUCCGAGCUCAAUGAUGACUCUGGACUUUAAUAAUGGAAAUAACGAUUUUCAGUUCUUUAAAGCCUUCUGUCUCAGAAAUGAACGCAGUGGUGAAAAGGCCUCAAACUCAGCAUCUUCAUGUUAAAUUAGUCUAGAAUGGUGAUAUGGUCCAAGGCAGAAAAUUCCUAAUCAGAUUAGCACUGAUUGUAGGCUGGCAACUCCAGUCCUUUUUGACAUGCCAGACUUCGCGUCCAUCGAUAUAUUUUAAAUGGCAUUGUAAGGUUGAACAAAUUACUACAUCCACGUGGCCCUAAGUUACUGUCUUCAAACGGCAAGAGUCAUGAGUAUGCAGCUUAAAUUUCGUUUUUAAUACUAUGUAAAGUGUAAAUACUUUUCUGGUGUAUGAAUAAUCUGUGGAUUUUUAAAAUAUAGGACUGUUUUCUUCCAUUAGGUCACUCUAUUGAGAAGGAUUCUGUAGAACAAGUACUCCCGGUUCUCCUUUAGUGCGAGGCCUGCACUCUGGUGAAACUUUACCUUGAGAAAAAACUCACGCUGUAGUACUCACCAGUUCCGAUGCCGCUAGCGUCUGCACAAGCGGUUUCUUUCCUGACGCAGAACUCUGAAUCCAAACAGGCUCACGCUGUUGGGAGAAUGUUCCCUAAUUCCCCGACUGCUUUCUAGCCAAAACACGGAGUGAAAACGUGGGUUAUGGCAGAGCCGGGUGUAUCUUGUUCUUCAGUAGAGCUGACUGUUUCCAGGCCUAUAUAGUCCAUCGAAAAGGAGCAAAGGAGCACACGUUUUUAAUCUCUAGAACAAAAGUGACUUUGUCUUCUUUAAAGCCGGAGAAGUGUUGCCAGGAGUUGAUUCCUAACUAGAGUUUUUGCACUAUUUGCAGCAUAUGGUUUAAUACCUUGUUACCGUGUACAGAUUAGGGAAUGUCCUGUUGGCAGUUUACAUGAUGUGUGAUGUAGCGUAUAUGUCUGUCUUACGAGCAUUUUAUUAAGUUUAUUUGCGGUAUUAACCAGUAAACUCGACGGACUUAAGGUGGAUUUUUUUAAUUUUCCUCAAGGUUCCUCUUCUUAGCUAAAUAAUCAAUGAUUCCGGACUUUUGUCGUGCCCUGUGGCGAAAAAUGUAUCCUGUAAAGUUACUGCCGGGGUGACCUGUGUCUUUAGUUGAGCACUGCUUCACGGACACGGUGAUGUUCCGUUCCUCUAGUCCCACGAGCUAUUAAUAAACUUCACCGUCUAUUGCUAAAACAGCUUCUAACAGGUCUUUUGGUAGCACCGGUUUUGUUAAAAUUAAUACUCUAUAUUAACAACAGACUUUUGCUGCCAAAGCAUGAUGAUAAACUUUAGCAGUAGAUGCUGCUCUCGGUUAAAGAAUAUAGGCUGUGAAAUCUUGGCUAGGGGUUGUUCUUCGUUCCGAAAGUUACAUUUUAUGGCAUGGCGCGUGCGUAUCUGGACACGUGAUUUUGCGUUUGGGUCUCGUGCGUCUGCGUGCGCACGACCCUGUUUGUUUUUGUUUUUUAUUUUUCUGAGGUCCUUUCCCACUCUCUAAAAGUACUGUAGGCUGCUUGGUGCCUCGAAUGUUGAUAUAUUUCCAUUUCAACUUUACCAGUCCUUGUUUCUGUAUUUUAUGUGCUUGGUCCCUUCUCAAUUGGAAUAUUUCUGGUUGAGCUGUAAUUUGAAUGCACCGUUCUCAGGGCUGUUUUUGCUAAGAGUUGAAAUUAGCUGAAGUUUCCUUCUCCUGUAGGGUUUUGCCUCAAAAUCAAUCGCAGAAUUGUACUGAUUCAUAGUCAUCUGUAGCGAACCCCCAAAUAAUCCAAGCUGUUUAACUACAGCCUACUCGAUGAAUUCAGGAAUAAAACUGGGGCUUCUACAUCUAAUCCAACUUAACCAUCUCCUGUUCAAUGAAAGUAGACGGUAUCUCAUCGUGGAGCUUACGGUGUACCUGCUGGAACAAAUUCAAAUGCAACAUAACGGUGCUGUGCACUUCUCACGCACACAUUUCCUGAAAUACAAGAGAUGCCUUCAGUUGUGGGCAGGGAAUGUGCCUGCAGACUCUGUCGUACUCUCCCCAGUGCUUAGUACAGUAAGCGUUCAAGAAAUACCAUGGAUUAAGUUAUCCCUGGCCACAGCGACUUGGUUCUUGCCGAAGGAUACAUACUUUCUGCUGAACUCUGGGCAUUUCUCUUCCCCUUCACCCUGGCUAAAUAUACCUUAGCCUCGUUGUGGCUGGUAGAGACCCUGCUAAGUACUAGAAAUGAAAAAAAAUUUUCUUUCCAAUUGCAUCAAACCAUUCUUGCCUGCUACGGAGGACCGAGGUUUCAGGCAAAAUUAAAGGCAUCACUCUGUUCUAGACAUAUUGGACAGUUUCAUAAUAUUAAUGGUUUGUGUGGUACAGUUUUAUUCCUGAAUUCUUACUAGUAUCCAUAUAAGUAGCAGCUGAGUGGUUCUACAUUUUGGUUGUUAUCCACUGUAAACUUAGAAACACUCAAUUUUCAUCAAAAUGUUUGUUACAGGUGUGGCAUCUGUCCAGGUAAUAGAGCCCAGUGUUUGAAAAUUACAAGUUCUUUUCUGUCUUGGAAGCCCAGACUUUUUGUUUUCCUUCUGGAAUUUGGUUUUGUUUUUCCAGCAAAGAAAGGAGACGCUGGUUGUAGCAAACCGAGACAAAUUUAUAUCUAGCCUUAGAAAUAAGAAAUGAAAUUUUGCUAACAACAGUAAAGACCGUCUGCAUUUUAGGAGCUACAUUUUGCUUUCAAAGUCAUGAGACCGAUCAUUUGGAAGCUAGAAGUGUACACUUUAGUAAUAGCCACGCUGCAGAUAUUUCUAGUGUUUUUAUUAAUCUCUAAAGAUUGUUGAAAGCCUUUACAAUGUAGGUGGUAAAUUCACUGACUAAAUUGUUUUAUAAAUGGUGGUGAGUUUUGACUUGCACUUACAACAAGGAAAAAAAUAAAGCUAAACUUAAGGUUCCUUUUUUUUUUUUUUGGCGUAUCGUUUUUUCACACCUUUAGCAAUAUGUAUGUUCCACAUUUCAAAACAGUAGGGUGUGUGGAAACUGUAUGAGAUAAUGCGUACAUUACUGUCAAAAAAUAAAGAAUAACAUUUUAUGCUUGA